AGCGACUACCCGGGCAUCCACGAGCCCUUGGAACCAGAGUUCAAGUAUGUUGGGAACAUGCAUGGGAACGAGGUGCUGGGCCGUGAGCUGCUGCUGCAGCUCUCAGAGUUCCUGUGUGAGGAGUACCGCCGGGGCAACGAGCGGAUCACCCGUCUCAUCCACGACACGCGCAUCCACAUCAUGCCCUCCAUGAAUCCCGACGGGUACGAAGUGGCUGCCAAGCAGGGCCCAGACAGCAAUGGAUACUUGACAGGGAGGAACAACGCCAACGGAGUGGACUUGAAUCGCAACUUUCCCGACCUCAACACGUUCAUGUACUACAGUGGGGAAAUCAGCGGGCCAAAUCACCAUAUCCCUCUGCCUGACAACUGGAAAAGCCAGGUGGAGCCAGAGACGCUGGCUGUGAUCCAGUGGAUCAGCAGCUACAACUUUGUACUGUCGGCCAAUCUGCACGGUGGAGCAGUGGUGGCUAAUUACCCCUAUGACAAGUCUCAGGACCAGAGGUUCAGGAGCCACCGGCGCACGGUCAACACUCCUACCCCUGAUGAUAAGUUGUUUCAGAAGCUGGCCAAGACCUACUCCUAUGCCCAUGGCUGGAUGCACCGUGGAUGGAACUGUGGGGACUACUUUGCCGAUGGCAUCACGAAUGGGGCAUCCUGGUACUCACUCAGCAAAGGCAUGCAGGACUUCAAUUACCUCUACACCAACUGCUUUGAAAUCACCCUGGAGCUGAGCUGCAAUAAGUUCCCCCCUGAGGAGGACCUGGAGCGGCAGUGGAUGGCUAAUAGGGAAGCCCUUGUUGCUUUCAUUGAAGAGGUUCACCAGGGCAUCAAAGGGAUGGUGUCAGACGAGAACAACAACGGCAUUGCAGGAGCAGUGAUUUCUGUUCAGGGAAUCAGCCAUGACAUCACCUCUGGUAAUAUGGGGGAUUAUUUCCGGCUGCUGCUGCCUGGCACUUACACUGUCACAGCCUCUGCAGAGGGGUACCAGCCCCAGACAAUUACAACAACUGUGGGCCCAGCUGCACCUUCACUGGUACAUUUCCAGCUCAAACAAGAUGUGGUGAGGAAGCUCCCGGAGCGUAAAAAUUCAGGAACACGCAUGAACAACAAAGCCCUUCAGAAGAAGGUAGUGCCAAGAGCCACCCGCCGGGGGACCCAAAGAUGAGGACAGCUCACUUGGCUGAGAACUGGGGAAGCCAUUUAUACAAGGCCUGGCUGAUGACUCCAGCCAGUGAACUUUCCAACAGUCCAGCAUGAAACUAGCCCAAACUAUUAGGUUAUUAAACGAGGAAGUAUUUAAUCCC